AUGUUGUUUAAACAAUCUAAACCGCCUUUAGAGUCAGGGCCUCCUACAAUAUGGCAUACCAAAUCUAUUGAACAAGUGGUACAAGAGCUCAACACUUCAAUUGAAAUUGGAUUGACAGAACAAGAAGCAGUAGAAAGACAAUCAACAUAUGGCUUCAAUGAGCUUGAUUCUGGAGAUGAAGCUACUUGGAUCAAAAUUCUGCUUCAUCAAUUCCUCGAUAUUAUGAAUUGGAUCUUUAUUGCAUUGGGUAUUGUGUCUAUGGUCCUUGGCGAUUAUAUCACUGGAUCACUGAUUAUCGUGGUGGCCAUUUUCAAUUUUUAUUUAACAUUUCAACAAGAAUAUGCUGCAGAACAAACAAUGGCUGCUUUGAAAAGUUUAAGUUCGCCUACAGCUAAUGUAAUUCGUGAUGGGAAAGAGCAAACAAUUGCAAGUAAUGCAUUAGUACCUGGUGAUCUUUUACUGAUUAAGGAAGGUGACUCUGUUGCUGCGGAUGCUCGUUUAAUACACCUGUCAAAUCUGGAAGCAGAUGAAGCCUUGCUAACUGGUGAAUCCGUUCCUGUCCAAAAGAAGCUGAUUGUUCUAGAAAAAGAAGAUGAGCCAUUGGGUGAUCGUAGAAACAUGGUAUAUAGUUCCACUAUCAUUGCUAAAGGUCGUGGCCAAGCUAUCGUUACUUCUAUUGGUAUGAAAACUGAAAUUGGUAAAGUGGCUACCAAGUUAAAUGGUGCUGAUGAUAAUGAUCGUACCCAGAUUCAAAAAAGUAUGCACAAAAUGUACAUUUUCCUUUUAUGUGUUGCUGUCCUUUCAGUUAUCAUUGUGUUGGCCUCUGUCAAGUUUCAUGCGGACCGUGAUAUUGGUAUGUACGCUAUGACCUCUGCUCUAUCUGUUCUUCCUGCUGGUUUGACUACAGUUCUGACAAUCACUCUUGUAAUGGGUGGUAAAGAAAUGACAAAGCAACGUGCUAUUGUUCGAAAACUCAAGGUCUUGGAAACAUUGGGCUCUAUCACGCACAUUUUUUCUGACAAAACUGGUACACUUACAAUGGCUAAAAUGGUGGUUGUUCGAUUCUGGACUCCUCAAGAAGGUUAUUUUUACCUGACUCCCAAUGGACUGGCUCCCCAAGGCAAUAUAUAUCGUACGCACGAUGAACUGAUAGACAAUCCAUUGUCUUCAGAAAAGACUGAACUAAUCGAUAAACCACAAUUGCUUAUGUCUUCUGAAACGAAGCACUUUAUUGAAUGUGCCGCCCUUUGUAAUAUGUCUAGUAUCCACCGACGUGAAGAUACUGAAAACACUAUCACUCGUCACGAAUCUUUAUCCAAAAUGACUAGUCGACAUAGUAAUGUAGUUAUUGAAAUGCCCCAAGCAGAGGAAGAGAAAGAUAACAGUGAAUCAGACAACUGGAUUCCAAGUGGUGCUCCUACAGAAGUUGCUCUUCAAGUCUUUGCUCAUAAAUUUAAUAAGGGAAAGCCUCAAUUGAUAGCUGAAGAUGGCUGGGAAAUGAUUCAAGAAUAUCAAUUUGAUUCCACUAUCAAAAGAAUGUCUACUGUCUGGUACAAUCGCCCUCAAGACCAUACUUUCGUGUUCACAAAAGGUGCUACUGAGAGAAUCCUUCCUCUCUGCAUAAAUAUGCCAACUCAAGAAUCACAUAUCGAGGUCAUGAACCAUCUAAAUGUAUUAGCUUCUAAAGGUCUUCGUGUUAUUGCAAUGGCAUAUCGCAAAGAAGAGUCUAAUAUGUUUGAGAAAGACAGGGAUCGCUCUAUAAUCGAAAAAGACCUGAUUUUCCUCGGUUUGGCUGGUAUUUAUGACCCUCCUCGUGCUGAAUCUCUUCAAGCUGUAAAAGAAGCCCAUCAAGCUGGUAUUUCCGUUCACAUGUUGACAGGCGACCAUGCUAUUACCGCAACUGCUAUUGCUAAAGAACUCAAUAUUCUCAACGAAAAGACAAUGUCUCCGGAAGUAUUGAAGGAACUAGUCAUGACAGGUCCUCAAUUUGAUGCCAUGACAGAAGAAGAGGUUGAUGCGCUCCCUCAUUUACCAUUUGUUGUUGCUCGUUGCUCACCUGAGACUAAAGUCAAGAUGAUUGUGGCUUCUAAGCGUCGUAAUUAUAUUGCUGCCAUGACCGGUGAUGGUGUGAAUGAUUCACCAUCGCUUCGUAUUGCUAAUGUGGGUAUUUCUAUGGGAAAAAAUGGUAGUGAUGUUGCCAAGCAAUCAUCCGACAUUAUCUUAACAGAUGAUAACUUUGCUACUAUUAUUCGAGCUAUUGCUGAAGGCAGAAAAAUUUACCAAAACGUUCAACGUUUCUUGCUCUAUUUUUGGAUUGCACUUUUGGGCCUUUGGCUUGUCUUGAUUCUUGCUUUGGCUAUUCGUGAUCCUAAUAACAAAAGCGCGGCACCAAUUUCUACUAUUCAGAUGUUAUUCUUGUAUGUCGCAUUCACGCCUCCAGCUGGUGUGUUAUCUUUCCAGCCUGCUUCAAAAACUGUCAUGAAAGAACCACCUCGCUCUCCUAAAGAAAGUCUGUUCAAUCGGGAAAUUGUCAUGGAUUUGUUUGUAUACUCAUUAGGAUUUGCCGCAUUUAGUUUCAUUGCUUUCAUUAUUCCUCUUUAUACUCGAGGCCACCAUGGUAUCGAAGGCUCUGCUUGCGAAGUAAAUUUCGAUUAUGCAGCUUGUGAAUCCUUUUUCCGAGGUCGUGGGGUAUUACUGGCAUUCAUGACAUUGGGCACUCUAGUUGUCAUGGUUCAUUGUCGCUCCUAUAGAGAAAUUGAAUGGGGCCCUCGCGGACUGAAAGAAACAUUCAAGUCAAAAACGGUCAUAUACACGCUCUCAUUUGAUAUUGUUUGCUUGAUGAUCUUUUACUAUGUGCCUACUGUGGCUGAAAAGGGUUUUUAUAUGCUCGGAUUUAGCUGGGAAUGGGCUAUUGUUGUGGGACUACUCAUAGUUUAUGCUAUUUUUGGUGAAUUCUACAAGCUUUUGAAGAGAAAGUUUAUGAAGCCUGUCAAACCUCAUCAGCUAAGCAAAUAUAUCGCUGUAGAAUAA